AUCUAUAUUAUUGGAAAAGGUUCAAAAUGAUUGCAGAUGUAGACAUGCGAUGGUGUAAAACAGCUUGUAAAUACUAAGAAAUAGAAUAUAAAUUAUUUUUAUUGAUAGACAUGAAAAAAAAUUACAUUUUGUUUGAUUGUUUUUUCACUUCCGUUUAACAAGGUACCAAACACUUAAAAGGUAAGGUACAGAAAAUGACAAAGCUAUAUUUUUAAAUAUUAGAUCUAUAGAUAAACUAUUUCCCAGAAUGAAAUUACUCGUCAGUACCGUGCUUUUUGCGAGUAUCGCUGUUCUUUUCAUCGAUCCAAUGAAUUGUACUAGACAGCGUGUGAUUUGUACUGUUCCAGGCAAAAAUCCAAAUGGCGAACAGGAGGUGUCUUCUUGCACAUUAGAUUAUGAGAAUAUAAAUGCUACUAUCAAGAAAAUUAUGGAACAAGACCUAAAUUACGUGGUUCCAAUGAUAGAGGGAGAGGAGAGAAGAAAAUUUAAAAUAGCAAUGGAGGAACAGCGAGUAAUAAUGAGCAGAGCAAUAAGUGAACUACUCGAAAGAAUCAUUAAAUUAGAAGAAAUUGCAGCUGGAGCUAAUCAAUCUUCCCCGUUGAUUCUUCCUGGAAUUACUGAAAUAGAUAUUGUGCGCUAUGAUGGAAGAAUAUAUAUACCUUGGUUAUGUGAAAAGGUUGACAUGGCAUCAGCAAUCGCCAAAUGUCAACAAUUUGGCGGAGAACUCGCAAAUAUAUAUAACCAAAUUCACAUGGACAAUAUAAUGACAUUCAUUCGUGACAACAAGUUGGGCGAGAGACGAUAUAAAGAUUUUUUGCUCGGCAUGACUUAUGACCCUAGGAAUCAGAUUCUUCGUCUCCGAAAUGGAACAGCGAUAUCACAAACUGAUUUCAGAUGGUCCUACCAUCAUCCAUACCGCGGAAAGAAAUUUCGUAAAUACAGGAACGUUUAUGUCGUAAUUGAAAAAGGUUUACUAGUCCCAUUUCAAUACUUCAUGAACCUCAAGGAAAAAAAGUCAUACGGAGUGCUGUGCGAAAUAUAAAUCAAUCUUCAUCAAUAGCGAAUUGCCAAAUGUACAACUAGAAAUAAAACGAAAAACUCCUUUCUCACCAAACUGUUAAAUUCUGACACAAAUAAGCAUUUGUUCAAAUAUACUUAGAAACUAAUGCAAAGAUUCCUGCCAAGUGAUUCUUGUAGCGUUCAGUUUGUAAAUUUGUGAAAUACUGGUGAAAACAUAUAAAUAGUGUUAUAUCCACAACUGUCACCCAUACGAGAAAUAAAUUCGUCUGGUUUGCCAUGGGUACCAGUAGGCCUACCUGAUAUUGUUCUGCCGUUAAGUCACCGCUGGCGAUCGAAUGCAUUCUUUACUUCAUCAACUAGCGUGCUAAUUUCAUUUUAUUUAUUGUAACUGGUUUUUUUUUUUUUCGGUAUUCAUUGCCUAACACUUCACUAUACAACCACGUUGAUGGCUAGGUCACCUUCAAACUUCCCCAGCUAUUUUGCAGAACAAAACAUUCGUUUCAGGUAUCCCAGUGUAAACGGAGAUUCGCUGAUCUUACGGCUCAUUUAAUACACGGUAAUUUCUGGUAAUAAUCUUUAAUAAUCGAUGUCUGUUUGUUAGUUGGAUAAUUUGCAAAAUUCAGAAGGUUUUUACCAUUAAUAUAUAUCAGUAAUUUUGAAAUUCUCCGCCCCAAUCUGUUGAACUAGAUUUUAGGACAGCCGCUGACACUGCUCGAUAAACAGUUUUGGUUCCCCGCGGCUUCCCUUCCGCAGUAAUGUAAAUAUUUAUCAUUUUUUCCUAUUUUUUUUGCAUGAUAUUUGUUUUUUACUUGUUGCAAAAAAUAAACUUGUCUUGAGUUGAAUGCAAGACCAAGUAAAAUUCGAACCGCAUAUCAAGUCUGUUGUAAGCGUUUUAAAAAUCUGGUAAUAUCCUCUUUGAAACCGAAAUGUUUUAGCCUGUCCUUUAAUACGGCAUUUGAUAGUUUUAUGACUUGUUUAUAUCGCCUUAAUAUUACCUCAAGCAAUUGAUUUUGCAGUAAAAUAUAUACCAGAUAUAUUACCUUCCACAUUUUGGUUGUGAUAAAUUACAAACUUACAUCGAAAAGAGAAUAUUCACUGAAUUCAAACCUGGAACCUAUUGUAAUAUUCUUUAUAAAACAGUAAAAUUUGUGGCCAGUCCUCAUUAAAAAAGAACUCAAAGUUCAAGUCAUUAUAUUGAUUAUAGAAAUAAAUGCUGUACUUGUACAUAUUUUACGCCAUUGUUGUUAUUGUUUCGCAAUUUGAAGUAAUGAUUAUUGACAUCGAUAGCUAGGGUUACCAUAUUUUUGUGACUUCCAAUCGGGACACUUUCAAGACAACGACUCCUUAGCUGUGAUUUUGUAUCUCGACAUUUUCCGAGUUUACUACAAAGGCCUACAUUUAAAGCAAUCUCGUCUGUCUUCAUUGACCAUAUUGUCAUCGACAGUUUAUGUGCAUAUUCUCUGUCUAAAUAUCGGGUUCAGGUCGAAAAACAGAACGGAAUUGAUGUUAACGAUACCAAAUAAUUCGAAUUCAAAUUUUUUAUGUACAACAAAAGGAGAAUGAAUAAUAAAUAGUCUGCGACUUUCAAUCACUGAGAAUUCACUUAUUCGCCUAAUCAUACUUUUCUGUUUCUAUCUUCUACAAAAAGACGUUGUUCAAUAUUACUUACGUAAAAGUCAGAGCAGGUGAUAGGUUCCCUAACAAUGAAACAAACAAAAUAACGCAUUCACCUUCAGUAAGUAGGCAAGCGCUGCGCUGCAAAGCAACAGCAGUAACCAGAACAUGUUAAUUGGUAAUGUUCGUGUAUUAUGCUGGAUGGCUGAACGCCAAAGCGAGACUUCUGGCUGACUUGUCGAGACGGCGGGAAAAAACGCUAAAAAGCAGGUUGUCAUACUUUUGCAGUAUAUUGUUGACUAAAGUAUGCUACACCUUUUGCAUAUAAAAAAAAAAUUGGAUAUUGAACGUAACGUAAGUCAUUGCAUAUACAGUACUACAUUAUAGACGUAAGACCUUUCACCAGUGAUUCCCCUGCACCCAAUAUAGGGAGUGAAAACCCCUCUAAAAUUUUGCCGUUUGAGGGAGGUAUUUUGCUUUGUAUUUACUGUCGUAUUACCAAUAUUUUCUAGGUAUUUAAUACAGUAUUAAUAUAAUACUUAUUCGUGAACACGUAAUAAACUGCGUAAACUGUACAAAAACAGGAAUGCGUCUUGCGCAUAACACCAGAUUGAACAAAUAAUGUAGGCUAGCUUAGGGACGGACAAAUAACGAGUUCCGAAAUAGGCAAGAGAAGGAAUUUUAUGAAGAAGGUUGGAAACCACUGGUCUAGUAGAUGCUCUUUGGGGUUCAGCUGCCGAAGCCAUACUCACCAAUGAUUACAGUUAUCUAAAACAUAAUUCCCGACCUCAUCAAUUUAAAAUUAGAUAUUGAACCUUCGGCAUCGCUGCUUGAUAACCCGUUUUGGUUGGUGACGAAAAAAGUUGGGACAACUGGUCUAAGAUGCUGUUGUAACUCACCUAUGAUAACAGUUUUCUAGAAACCUAAUUAGAUAUUGACUCUUGGGGGUCACUGCUUGAUAACCAAUUUUGAUGGCCAGUAAACUGUUUGAUCAACUUCAUUUAUUUUCAUUUAAUAUUUUUAAUUUAGUAAGUGAUUUUUUUGAAUAAACUUGACUAUGACAUAUAUUUCGAUGCAACGCUGCUAAGAAAAGGGCGUUAAAAUUGCAAUAAAAUAGAGACAUCUUGGGAUAUAAUUUUUGUUUUAUCAUAAAACCAAGCAUUUUGAAAUUCGGACAAUGAGAGGAUGCCACAAAGCUCACAGAAAUCAUAAGGUUAAACCUCCAAUUGACUGACU